AUCGCGCUGGAGCGGCGGCAGGAGCGGAGCGGGAGCGGGAAUCGGGAUAGAGCCGCGAUAUCUCCGCGAUAUCCCCGCGAUAGCCGCAUUCGGGAUUAUUGCUCUUGGAAUUUGCCUUCUUCUCCUGAGGAUUACAAUUGCACCAUGACCCUGGAGGAGCUGGUGCCUUGCGAUAGCAGCAAGAUGCAGGCGGUGAGCGAGGCGGUGGAGCGGGUGCUGGUGGCGGCGCAGCGGCAGGACCGGCUCACCGUGGGGGUCUACGAGUCGGCCAAGCUCAUGAAUGUGGACCCCGACAGCGUGGUGCUGUGCGUGCUGGCCACCGACGAGGAGGACGAGGGUGACAUCGCCCUGCAGAUCCACUUCACGCUCAUCCAGGCGUUCUGCUGCGACAACGACAUCCACAUCCUGCGCGUGUCGGGCAUGCAGCGCCUCGCCGCCAUCCUGGGCGAGCCCGAGCCGGGCUCCGAGCCCCGAGACCUGCACUGCCUCCUGGUCACGAACCCGCACACGGACGCCUGGAAGAGCCAGGGGCUGGCAGAGGUGGCGAGUUACUGCGCCGAGAGUCGCGACAGGAACCAGUGGGUGCCUUACGUGUGUCUGCAGGAGCGCUGAGCCCUUCCCGGCCUGGACUUGAAGGAUUAAAAACCUUUUUAAACAACAAAAAAAAAUAAUAAACCCAACGCAAAACAGCAGGAAAAACAAACAAAAAAAAAGAGGACAAACAGCCAGUUCCAACCCACAAUCCCCAAAACCCACCGAUUUUAUUUUUGUUUUGAACCGGAGAGGAGGAAGGGGGAGCGCGGCCGCUGCGGUGGGGAUGGAGGGAGCCGUGCCGAGCCCGGAUGGACGCUGGACACUGGCCGGAGCCCCGGUGGACACUGGCCGGAGCCCCGGUGGACACUGGCCGGAGCCCCGGUGGACACUGGCCGGAGCUGCCGGCCGAGGAGGAGUCGCGCUGGACCGAUGCCGGAGCUGGGGAGCCCCGGGCGGGCGCUGCGGAGCGCGGGGGUGACCCCGGAGCUGGGACAUUGUCGCGAUUUUUGGCAGCUGGGACCCCAAGGAGGCGAGGACUGCAGAGGGCUGGAUUUUUAGUUGUUGUUGUUGUUGCAAAAACUGCUUUUUCCGAGGAGUUAUCGACGUCUGCACGGAUGGACCUUGCACCCCCCGGGUGCUGCUUUUGCACUUGGAGACCCUGAGCUGAACCUUUUCCAGAGUUUAUUCUUCUACCGAGCGAGGAACUAAAUUUAUUUGCAAUAAAAUGUCUGACGUUA